CUCUUAGGUAGGACAUGCUCCCUGAACCUGGAAGAUCCGCCGCUGGCAAUAACCUCUCUGGUCACAGAAGGGUAAGUGAUCUGCCCGUAUCACGACUUCACGAGCAAACUGGGGCCGAACACGAGUAUCGAUCUCGCAUAGAGCCGCAGAGGGCAAUGCUUUCCAAGUAGAACCCCCGGCACCCGAUAACUUUCCCGAAAUAAAUCCUCAACGGCUAGCUCCUGCAAACCCUCCCGCCGCGCCGAUCCCAGCCGUCGGAUCUCGGAUCCCGUCCGUCCGGACCGCUGCGUUCUUCUUCUUCGCCCACCGCCUCCCGACCGUUGGAGCAGACCCGAUGCAAAUAAAGCUGGAGCCCCACCGCGCCGCCCUCCUCCCACACCCAACGGCGACAGGCAGAAGCUUCUCUCCAAUCCAGGCAGGAACCAAGAAGUCGUAGUCGUAGCAGAGAGGACGAGGAGAGGAGGAAAGAAAGAGGGUCGCGAGCUUCUCCUUGCUUCGUCGCCUCGUUCCAGAGGUCGCCGGGGCGCACCUGCAGCCGUUCCUGGCCUCGGUGUCCUCGGGAGGCGAGGCGAUCCAACUAUGGCGACACGGAACCACCGUGCGGUUGCUGCUCCGCAGCCGGCGAACAGAGGUGCUGCAGUCCUGGCGGGGAGGCAGAAGGCCGCCGCAGCAGCAGGCCGACCUGAUCGGCGAGCCCUUGGUGAUAUUGGCAACUUCACGAACAUCCAUGUCAUCGACGGGAAGAAGGUCCAGCUGCCCGAGGGGGUCAAUCGCCCCAUCACCCGGAGCUUCGGCGCACAGCUCUUGAAGAACGCCCAGGCGAAUGCCGCUGUGGCGAACAAGCGUUCGGUUUUGCAGAAUGCCGUAGCUCCUGCUCUUCCUGCAGUGGCGCGUGCCGCUCCGAAGCCUACCAAGAAGGCCCCUGCCAAGCCCGUCCCUCGUCCUGAGCAGGCUAUCAAGAUCACCGCCGGCUCCGACGAGAACAGGAGGCCGUCAGAGGGUGCUGCCCGCAGCAGCUCUGCCCACAAGUCGAGGAAGAAGGUCGUCAGCACGCUUACAACUGUGCUGAUUGCUCGUUCCAAGCACGCGUCUGGCCUUACUGGGAAGCCCAAAGAACUCAUUGAAGACAUUGACAAGCUCGAUGGCGACAACCAGCUCGCUGUGAUUGACUACGUUGAAGAUAUCUAUAAGUUCUACAAGGCCGCACAGCAUGAGAGCCGUCCCACCGACUACAUGGGCAGCCAGCCCGAGCUCAGUACCAAAAUGCGUGCCAUCCUCACGAACUGGAUCAUUGAUGUUCACAGUAAACUCGAGCUUAUGCCUGAAACACUGUAUCUCAUCAUGUACAUGGUAGAUCGGUACCUGUCCCUGCAGACCGUGGCGAGAAGGGAGCUGCAGCUUGUCGGCAUCGCGGCCCUUCUCAUCGCCUGCAAGUAUGAGGAGAUUUGGGCGCCAGAGGUCAGCGAAUUCAUACAUUUAUCUGACAAUGCCUACACACGGCAAGAGAUUCUUGGCAUGGAGAAGGCAAUCCUGAACAAACUGGAGUGGAACCUCACUGUUCCCACUCCGUAUGUUUUCCUUGUGCGGUUUGCGAAGGCCGCCGGAAGCGGUGAUAAGGAGCUCGAGCAUAUGGUGUUCUUCUUCGCAGAGUUAGCGCUGAUGGCGUACAGCAUGGUAACGUUCUGUCCGUCCAUGGUCGCCGCUGCGGCGGUGUACGCCGCUCGCUGCACGUUGAGGAAGAGUCCUCUCUGGACAGAAACUCUGAAGCACCAUACAGGUUUUGAUGAGCUGCAGCUUAUAGAGUGCGCGAACAUCCUGAUCAGAUCCCAUGCUGCAGCUCCUGAUGGGAAGCUGACGACGAUCUACAAGAAGUACACGACUGAGGAGUUUGGGCGUGCUGCUCUGCACCCACCGGCAGCUGUUCCGGGCCUUGUCUAGGACUUCUACUGUGUUGCUUCAAUGAUUAGAAGACGAUUGGUUUGCGUUGGCUACAUGGAAUCAAGAAAGUUUGAGAACAUGUUUUUUAAUUCAUUUUGGAUACUCUGUUCUCAGAAGUAUUAUACUGUGUCGGUUACGUUUGCUACAACCUUAA